AAUAACAAAUGGAGAGAAGAUCAUCAAGUUUUGAAAUUCAUCCUCCAACUUAUGGAAAACUCAUCACCAUUCUCAGCAUUGAUGGUGGUGGUAUAAGAGGAAUUAUCCCGGCCACUAUCCUCACUUAUCUUGAAGCCCAACUUAAGGAAUUGGACGGAGAUGAUGCGAGGUUGGCGGAUUACUUUGACAUUAUGGCUGGAACUAGUACGGGUGGGCUCAUGACGGCUAUGUUGGCAACUCCAAACAAAGAUCGCCGACCUCUUUAUAAGGCGGAAGAUAUAACGCCUUUCUAUCUAGAGCAUGGACCAAAAAUAUUCCCACAAAAGAGAGGAAUGUUUACUGGAUUGUUUACACAAAUGAAGAUGUUAAUGGGGCCUAAAUACGAUGGAAAAUAUCUUCAUGGGAUUAUAAAGGAGAAACUUGGUGACAUUCAUAUCUCUCAAACACUCACUAACAUUGUCAUUCCUACAUUUGAUAUCAAGAGCCUCCAACCCAUCAUUUUCUCAACUUUUGAGGUAAAAGAGCGGCCUUUUUUGAAUGCAAAAUUGUCUGACAUAUGUAUCAGUACAUCCGCAGCUCCAACUUAUCUUCCUGCUCAUACUUUCUCCACGAAAGACAAAGAUGGUAACACUCGAGAAUUUAAUCUAAUUGAUGGAGGUGUUGCGGCAAAUAAUCCGACAUUGGUGGCGACUACACAAGUGACCAAAGAGAUCUUUGCGGCAAACCAAGAUUUCUUUCCCAUAAAGCCAAUGGAUUUCGGUCGGUUCUUGGUGAUAUCAUUGGGAACGGGAUCAGCGAAAAUAGAAGAGAAAUACAAUGGAAAAAUGGCGGCGAAAUGGGGACUUAUGAGUUGGUUGCUCAAUGAUGGAUCAACACCUUUGAUCGAUGUUUUCAGCCAAUCGAGCGCUGACAUUGUGGAUUUACACCUCUCGGUGCUUUUCCAAGCCCUUCACUCCGAAGACAAAUAUCUUCGCAUUCAAGAUGACACUUUGUCGGGCACAAUUGCUUCGGUUGAUGUAUCUACAAAAGAAAAUUUGGAAAAUCUUGUUAAUACCGGAAAAAAUUUGCUCAAACAAACCGUUUCGCGUGUCAACAUGGAAACUGGCUGUUCCGAACCGAUUCAAAAUGGCGAAACUAAUGAACUUGCUUUGACGAGGUUUGCAAAGUUGCUAUCAGAUGAAAAGAAGUUGAGGGAGUCAAAAUCUCCACGUCCAACCACUCCAAAAGAUGUUAGCUCUUCUGGUCAAGAACGUUGAGAUCGUGUUAUUUUGCACUCAUUUUUUUUUUGUUUU